GUGGGUCAAUUUCUCUUUUCCUCAAAUAAUUGCACUUUUGCUUUUAAACAGUUAUACAUAAAGAUCUAACUCAACAUCUCCCUUAGUUUUCCUCUUUCAAUGAACCAAAACUCCAAAGACUAAAAAAACAUAUACACUUUUCUUGAUAUUUCUAGCUAUAUUUAUAUUUUGCAACGUUUAUUUUAUCUAUGGUUUCGGACAGUAAAUUGGCAAGUGCAAUGGGUGGAAAAACAGCAAGAGCUUGUGACAAUUGUAUUAGAAAAAGGGCACGUUGGUAUUGUCCUGCCGAUGAUGCAUUUUUAUGUCAAAAUUGUGAUUCUUCUGUUCAUUCAGCUAACCCUUUGGCUCGUAGACAUGAAAGAGUUCGUCUUAAAACAUCAUCACUCAAAGAAUCUUCACCAGACGAAAACUUUCCCAAUUUGGAAAGUCCAGUCUCAGUUUCACUCCCAUCGUGGCAUAGUGGAUUUACUCGAAAGGCACGAACUCCUAGAAAUGGGAGGAAGGCUAGUAAAUCCAUCGAGGAUGAGGAGGAGGAAGAAGUUAUACUUAAAAACCCUAUUCAUCUUGUUCCUGAGAUAUUAAGCGAUGAGAAUUCGCUUGAUGAGAAUGAAGAGCAACUUUUAUAUCGAGUACCUAUAUUUGAUCCAUUUGUAGCUGAGUUCUGCAUGUCUGCCACCAGAAAUGAUAAGAUGGAGAACGUGCAGACAACAAUAGAGGCAGAUUCAGGAUUUAAACUUGAAUCUAAAGAGACGUUACAGCAUGAUAAUAUCUCUAACGGUGAUUUAAAUAGGUUUCAUGGGAUGUUACCAUCUGAAAUGGAGCUAGCAGAAUUUGCAGCUGAUGUUGAAAGUUUACUAGGGAAAGGACUUGAAGAUGAGUCAUUUGAUAUGGAAGGGUUAGGUCUUUUAGAGGGUUGUAAUAAGGAGGGAAAUUCAAUGGAAUGUUCUAUGGUUAGUACUCAUGAAAAAGUAAAAAUUGAAGAAGAAGGAGAAGGUGAUGAAGUUGUUAUGGAUACAACUACUACUAACCAUGAUAUUGAUAUUAAUGGUGAUACCUUUGAGUUCAAAUUCGAUUACGAUUCGCCGAUAAAUAUUAAUGGAGAAGAUGAAAUUGGAGAAGUAGUUAUGAAGAUUAAUGGUGAAGAUGGUGUUGUUGGUAAUGGUAACUAUAAUGAGAAAAAGAAGAUUUUAUUGAAUCUUGAUUAUGAAGGUGUAUUAACAGCAUGGGCUGAUCAAAGGUCUCCUUGGACUAAUGGUGAAAGGCCAGAAUUGGAUUCCAAUGACUGUUGGCCAGAUUGCAUGGGAAAUUGUGGAACAAUUCAUCCAUAUGGAAUAAUGAACGGACAUGCAACAAUUAUAGAUAGAGGAAGAGAAGCAAGAGUAUCAAGGUAUAGGGAGAAGCGGCGAACGAGGUUGUUUUCUAAGAAAAUAAGGUACGAGGUUAGGAAACUGAAUGCUGAGAAAAGGCCUAGAAUGAAAGGAAGGUUUGUUAAGAGAUCCAAUUUAGUCCCUAAUUACCCUUUGGUUAAAUAAUUAGUGUUAAUUUAUUUAUUUUUACCACCAGGUUUACGUACAAAGUUUAGUACAAGUAAACUUGGAGAGCGUUAUUAGUAUGUAUGUAUGUAUGUAUGUAUGUAUGUAUAUAUAGAGUAAUAAAUAGCUAUGCUAUAGCCAUUUUGUCA